UACAAACAGCAUAUAGCAUUUUCAACCCAAAGUGAGUUUUGAAGUGUAUAAAAAUAAAAAAAUGGAGGACCCAUUUAACAUGGUCCUCUCUCUACUUUGAGCUCAUCAGUGAAUUUGCUUCACUUUAUCAGUAUCGAAUAUCCGGGUUUGCAGAAAAGCAGCAGAUUCAAAAUGCUAGAUGGUUUGUUGGGUCGUGGAUUCAGCUCCAAAUGUAAAUCGCUAAUUAAAGCGACUCGGACGAGGAUUGAAGUGGUGCGGCGGAGAGCGGAGGCGAAGCAGAGGUUUCUGAAAGAAGAUCUGGCGAAAUUGCUUUCUAAUGGAUUAGAUAUUAACGCCUAUGGAAGGACUGAAGAAUUUCUCGCUGGACUUAGCCUCUUGUCAUGCUAUGAUUUUAUUGAGCAGUCGUGCGAAUAUGUUGUAAAGCAGCUUUCAAAAAUGCAAAAGACUGGGGAGUGUCCGGAAGACUGUAGGGAGGCUGUGUCAUCUCUGAUAUUUGCAGCCGCAAGGUUCUCUGAUCUUCCUGAACUUCGAGAUCUCAGGGAUACAUUUCUGGAGAGAUAUGGAAAUUCUUUAGAGUGUUUUGUUAAUCAGAAGUUUAUUGAGAAAUUCUCAUCAACGUCUCCCACAACAGAGAAGAGACUCCAGGUCUUGCAAGAUAUAGCUUCAGAGUUUUCAAUAAUGUGGAGCUGUAUGGAGUUUGAAAAGAGAAUGGCUGCUCCUGCUCCUGCACUUGCACAGGCGACAAUUUCAGAGAGGAAUAUACCCAAACAGAGGCCUCGGCUUCUUGAUGAUGGAAAGCAGAUACACAACCGACAAGAGGGUAAUGCCGUGAAAAGAUAUGAGUUAAAUCAUGCUGGAGGGUGGGAAAAAACUAGUUAUCACAAACAGAAGUCACUUGUGAAGGGAGAAUAUAGCACUUCAAGUGGAGGUCACAGCGUUUUAAUUCAUGGAAGGCAAGGAUUAAUAGAGGACAAGCAUUUGAAUCUCGUAGGGAACGUUGAUAUUUCGCUGAAGGGAGUAACCAAAUGCAGUCCAUCCCAUCGACAUACGGGAGAUAAUAUUGUAGGUGGUCACGUUAGGCUCAAUAAUGGUGUCCAUACGCAGAAAGGAGAAACCAUAGAAGCAUUAUCUUGUGAAAAACCUGAUCUUUCCACUAGGUGCACGGGAUUUCCAGGAAAAAGUGAAGAUCUUAUUUCUUCCCCUGACCAUUUUAAUAGAAAGAAUAUUUUGAACUCGACAGGAAAAGCACCAGCGGAAGAAACAGAUCGGUUGAAAUCCUGCUACAGCAAUCUUCCCCCUCCACCAUAUAUUAAAUCAAAAGAUAAUUCCAUUCUCCCUCUCCCUCCAUAUACUAAACCAAAAGAUGAUAAACAUAGAGCUUGCAGAGGGUCUAAAUAUGGUGGUUCUGACUUCGAUGGACAUUUCAUUGGAUAUUCUCCUCACAAUAGAAGUAAACAAGUCAACGGCUUGGGCAAGAGUCACAAGGAACCAGUUCAUCAUGAUCAUGAAGAUGAAGGAAAAAGUCUUGAGCUCGUCAAAAUGGACAGUUAUGGCUACAAAAAUGAGGUUGAGUAUCAGGAUAAUGCAAUUCCCUUGCCAAAACAAAGAUCAACUCGGAGGAAACACCAAAAAUUAUCAUCCAAUCGUGACAGUGUAGGUAAUGUUGAUGAUUUCAGUAGUGCAAAGAGGAGUUCAAGUAGCAGGAGAAGGGACCAUUCAAAAAAGGGGUUGCAGAUAUUGUUUGAUAAUGAGCACCAUCAAAAUGAUGAAGAAGAACGGGUGAUAGAUAAACUACUAAUCCAUUACAGCAAGAAACCAUCAGAUUAUGAUGCCGGUAAAGUGAAGAAAAAGUUACUAGCUCAUUCUUCACAUCAGAGAGCCAUUCAAAGAGCCAUUGAUGCUGGUGAAUUAUCACUGGACCAGAGGAGAGAUGGGCACGAUGUUGAGUCAGAAAUAAUUCCACAUCCUGCCAGAUCAAUCUCUCUUCCUAACACAGAAAGUGGUUCACCACAGGUGAAGAAAGUGUUUACUCGUGCCAAUACUUUCCAGCCCGAUAACCAGGCACGACAUGUGCAUCCGAAAUUGCCUGAUUACGAUGAUUUGGCUGCUAGGUUUGGUGCCCUUAAAGGGCAUUGAAAUUACAAGAACUAGUUUUGAUGGAUCAUGCAGUUGUCAAAUAUCAACAGAGAUGAUUCCUUUUAUUGAUCUGCUGGCAAAAUACUGCUAUUGAAAUUCCUGAUACAUGUACAUCAGGUCUUAAGAUGGGCUGGAUAUUCCAACCCCUUGGAAGUUCAAAACCUAAGUAUACAUUAAAAUUGCACAUUUGUAGUGCUCAUCUUGUGGUUUGCUUUAACUGAUUGAAAAUGAAUGAGAGAAUUAUAUACAUGUUUGAUUGUAUUUCAUAUGGGUUGUGAAAUUGUAACCAAUCGUGGAUUAUGCAA